CCCAUCUCAAGCCGUCUUCUUUCCUCUAUCAUUUGCAUCAGACACAGACAGGCCCAAGAUGCUCUCCUUCCUAGCCACAGGUCUCGCCCUGUUGGGCGCUGUGCAGACCUGUCUCGCAGCACCCACGGCGGGCUGUGGAAAUUCGGCCCCCUCUUCCGGUACCAAGUCAAUCACGGUCAACGGACGCCAACGGCAGUACAUCCUGCAGCUGCCGUCCAGCUACAACACGCAGACGGCCCACAGGCUCGUGUUUGGCUUCCACUGGCGCGAUGGGUCCAUGAACGACGUGUCCAGCGGGCAGUUCUACGGCCUGAGGCCCCUGGCAGGCAACACGGCCAUCUUUGUGGCCCCCAAUGGGCUCAACAACGGCUGGGCCAACAGCGGCGGCGAGGACAUUGCCUUUGUUGAUGCCAUCCUUAACAGCGUCAAGAACGACUUGUGCAUCAACGACGCCGAGAUAUUCGCGACCGGCUGGAGUUAUGGUGGUGCAAUGAGCCACAGUGUUGCUUGCUCGCGGCCGAACGUCUUCAAGGCCGUCUCCGUCAUCUCCGGUGCCCUCCUCUCCGGCUGCUCCGGCGGCAACACCCCCGUCGCCUACCUCGGAAUCCACGGCGCGGCCGAUAACGUCCUAGGCAUCGCGUCCGGCCGCCAGCUGCGCGACAAGUGGCUGACCACCAAUGGGUGCCAGUCCAAGUCGGCUCCCGACCCCGGAUCAGGAGCCCAGCAACACAUCAAGACCACCUACACCUGCUCCCGCGCCGCCGUCACCUGGAUCGGCCACGGCGGCGGUCACGUGCCCGACCCGAGCGGCUCCAAUGGUCAGAAGUUUGCACCUAGUGAGACUUGGAGCUUCUUCAAUGCUGCUGUUGGUGGUGGUGGUGGUGGUGGAGAUGGAGGUGGCGGCGGUGGAGAUGGAGGUGGCGGCGGUGAUGGUGGCGGUGGUGGAGGCGGUGAUGGCGGCGGAGGCGGCGGGGGUACUCCAAACCCAAGCUGCUCUCCACGAUGGGGACAAUGUGGCGGUCAGGAAUGGACGGGAGCAAAAUGCUGCUCGGAAGGAACUUGCACAGUAUCAAACCAAUGGUACUCGCAAUGUAUCUAA